AUGUCGGUACUUGGGAGGCGUGGGGCAAUUGAGCUUCGGGCAUUGACUGCGAGCUCAAACCUAUCAGCAAGCACUCUUCGGCCCUUUUCCGUUCUAAACCGCCCACCACCAAACUACCCUGGCCAUGUCCCAUUGACUACUAUUGAACGCGGGGCUCUUGCUCUAGGUUCAGCAAUUGGAUCACUUAUCAACCCUAGAAGAGCGGAUCUUAUUGCGGCCUUGGGCGAAGCUACCGCGACACCAUUUUUCAUAUACCGGCUACGCGAUGCCAUGCUCUCGGAUCCAACAGGGCGUCGCAUUCUCCGUGAUCGCCCCCGUAUCACCUCCGAAACCCUCAAAAUGACCCAUCUCCGCACCCUCCCCGAGAAUUCCGUCGGCCGGACAUACGCCAAAUGGCUAGAUCGUGAGGGUGUAUCGCCCGACACCCGAGAUAACGUCCAGUACAUCGACAAUGAAGAAUGCGCAUAUGUCAUGCAACGAUACCGCGAGUGCCAUGACUUCUACCACGCAGUGACGGGUCUACCGAUUUUUGUGGAGGGCGAGUUGGCUCUCAAGGCGCUGGAGUUCCUGAACACACUUCUGCCCAUGACCGGGCUGAGUCUAUUCGCCUUUGUACGGAUGAAGCCUGCCGAAAAAGAGCGGUUCCUCACGUUACAUCUCCCGUGGGCUAUUCGCAGUGGGCUGGGGAGUAAGGAGCUUAUCAAUGUUUAUUGGGAGGAGGUGUUGGAGAAGGAUGUGGAUGAGCUCAGAGCUGAGCUGAAUAUUGAGCGUCCGCCGGAUCUUAGAGAGAUUCGGAAGAUGAUUCGGCAGCAGCAGAAGCGGGAAAAAGAGAGACAGCAGCAGGCUUCGAACUGA